AAGUCAAAUUCUUGCGCGGUCUCUUCAAUUACGCUGUAACCUUUGAUUGUCGGUCUCUUUCAUUGUCAUUGCCAGCGACACAAGAGCACGUAAAAAUCAAUGGAUGAUUUAACCCCGUUGACCAACUUUCAACAGUUUUAAGUUCAAAGUAAUUUUAAUUUUUCUAAACUGCCAACGAAAUCAACACCACUGCCCCGUAUCUCAAUAAUUCAUAUACAACGAAUUUUAUUUUCUUGCCGAUUCCACGAAGCGCACGCCGAAGAAAAUGACGGAACGUCAACCUUUGCUGCUACAAAGUGAUGCUUCGGACUAUGAGGGUAAUCGCAGCUUAGCGCGGCCACCUGUGCGUAGCUCCCCGCCGGAUAGCACGCUGGUCAAUGUGCAGAGCGAAGACAGCAUCGCAGUGCACGCCGCCGGCGCUGGAGAUGAUGAUGAGCAGAGCAGUCAAGCCGGCGAUAACAUUGCUAAAUAUAAUCCCACACAGCAUCGCACAGUGGAGCAUCCCACUUCGAAUUUUGAUACAAUGGUACAUCUGCUCAAAGGCAACAUUGGCACUGGAAUUUUGGCCAUGCCGGAUGCCUUCAAGAACGCUGGCCUAUAUGUGGGCCUGUUUGGCACACUGAUCAUGGGGGCCAUUUGCACUCACUGCAUGCAUAUGCUGGUUAAUUGCUCACACGAGCUAUGCCAACGAUUGCAGCAGCCGUCGCUGGACUUUCAGAACGUGGCCUUUUGCAGCUUUGAGACGGGUCCGUUGGCGCUGCGGCGUUACUCGCAUUUGGCCAAACGCGUAAUCAGCACAUUUCUGUUCAUAACACAGAUUGGUUUCUGUUGCGUUUACUUCUUAUUUGUGGCCUUAAAUAUUAAGAAUGUGAUGGAUCACUACUUCUUUCUGGAUGUGCGCAUCUAUUUGCUUUUAUUGCUGCUACCCAUGGUGCUGUUGAAUCUGGUGCGCAAUCUGAAGUACUUGACGCCUGUGUCGCUGGUGGCUUCGGUGCUAACUGUUGCUGGCCUCGCUAUAAGUUUCUCCUAUAUGCUGCACGACUUGCCCGAUGUGAAUACAGUGAAACCCGUGGCCACCUGGUCCACCUUGCCGCUUUAUUUCGGCACUGCAAUUUAUGCUUUUGAAGGCAUAGGCGUAGUGUUGCCGCUGGAGAACAAUAUGCGCACACCGGAGGACUUUGGAGGCAGAACUGGAGUACUCAAUACGGGCAUGGUUAUUGUGGCUUGCCUUUACACUUCGGUGGGUUUCUUUGGCUAUUUGAAGUAUGGCGAAGAUGUCAAGGGAAGCAUAACUUUGAAUUUGCCACAAGGCGAUAUCUUAUCACAACUGGUGCGCAUUAGCAUGGCUGUUGCUAUUUUUCUGUCGUAUACGCUGCAGUUUUAUGUGCCAGUUAAUAUGGUGGAGCCCUUUGUGCGCAGUCAAUUUGAUACAACACGCGCCAAGGAUCUAGCUGGCACUAUACUACGCACUGUGCUUGUCACAUUUACCUUUAUACUUGCUGCUGUCAUACCAAAUUUGGGCUCGAUUAUUUCGCUUGUGGGCGCUGUUAGCAGCUCGGCUUUGGCCCUCAUUGCGCCACCCAUAAUUGAAAUAAUCACCAUGUACAAUGUAGGCUAUGGACGCUAUAACUGGAUACUCUGGAAGGAUAUUGCCAUUUUUCUGUUCGGCAUAGCUGGUUUUGUCUUUGGCACUUGGGCUAGCUUGGCACAAAUUUUAAAUCCCAAUGUCGACUAAGUAACCACAUUCUCCAAUAAUUUUAAAACACUGUGUGCGAAUUUACGACGAAGGCUUUAUGUAGUUAUUACUACAAUCUUAUGCUAAGUUUUAUAUUUGUUUAGUUAUUUGCUGCGCGCUUGAAUUUAUCUUUUGCCCUACAGUUGCGUUUAUUCAUUUUUUAGCCGUACCAGUUAAUUAGCAUUUUAGUUGCAACUAUGUAUAUGAUUUGUUUAAGAUUUAUGUUUUACAAAUGUUAAACAAAAUGUGUUAUUCUGUUAUUGUAGACUAAGCUAUACAUACAUUUUAAAUAUUAUAAUCGAUAAUCGCACAAUGCCAAAAACGUGAUUUCGUAUAGUAUUCCUAAACAUUGUAUUGUUUGUUUAGUAUUUACUGUAAGGAUUAGAACUAAGGUCAGAGCAUUCCAGUGUUAUUGACCAUUUUCUCUUUAACAUACAUUUACUAAAGUAAAAGACAUUAACUAUUCGUAGUCUGUUUGCUUAUUUGUAUGUUUUAGUUCAUAUAGA